AUGAUUAAGGAGGGCUUGUUCGUGGUGGCUGCAGUUUGUGUCUGUUUUCUUCAAACUGCUCUUGGAAACCAGCUGGAAUGCAUCGGAGGAGAUUUCGACAUUGCCUCGGAUGGACUCUUUGUGGAUAAGGUUCAACCCAUGUAUUCAAAGUUCUGGGAAGUAGCCUAUCACGGCACCUACAAGAUUCUUACCAACAAAGCUUCGGAUCUGACUUACCUGCUGUACCAAUGCGGCAGCGACCCUCCUGAAGAACACCUGGACGGCCGUCAUGCCGCAGUGCUAUCGAUCCCCAUUCAGUCGGUCGCCAUUGCCUCCACCCCACUCAUUUCCUACAUGGAAUUGCUCGGUUUGCGAAGAACAAUCAAGGGAUACGUAGGAAAUCCCAGUUUCAUAUCCUCGCCUUGUUUACUCGAGCUAAUCGAGCUCGGUCAAGUCAGUGUCGCAGACAGUGCUGCUGCCUUGACAGGCGUUGACAACGAUCUUGUUGGUCUGGUCUAUGGCUGGCCAACUGCUGGUCUGGCACCAAACGUUGUCGUGGAAGAAUACGCGGAACGAUCCUUUAUUGGUACAGUGGAAUGGAUCAAGGUGUACGGGGCUUUGUUCAACAGAGAACAACUGGCGAAUGAGAUAUUUGACCAAGUUACUUGUCGCAUUCAGGAAAUUGUCGAUAAUGUCGCCAAUGCUACCGCCAACUUGCAGCAGCGAAAACCUCGGAUCUUGUGGGCAUAUUAUUCCUUCUAUUGUGGAGGAUGGGAUGUAGCCGAAUGUCCCAACUACUAUUGUGACUUUGCCAACCUUUGCAAGGCAGAAAUCCUUCAUUCUUCGGAGGGGAGUGUUGGUUUUGAAAUCUGUGGCGCCCCGUACAUGUCCACGGAAGAGUUUGUCUUGUUUGGAAAGGACGCCGAUCACUGGAUUUACCCCGGCGACAGUUGGGAGGAUGUAUAUGCUGCCAAUGAGGCCGUGCUGUCAACCUUUCAGAGUGUCAAGAGCGAGAGCGUAUACGACAACCAACUUGGAGGAGGAGCAAAUGCUUGGUUUGAGCGGCGCUACGCGGAAUAUGACGUUCUUCUGCAUGACUUUUGCCUGGUGGCUGGCACUAUUGCCUCUGACAGCAAUCAACGAUUCUGGUUACGCAACGUCUUCCAGGAAGAGGUGGGGAUGCCGGGUUCAUGCGAAGAUGUGGACGCGCCACUGGAGUCGAGAGGGAACCAGUGGAGCGGAUGUGGCAAUACUGAUAGCAGUACAAUAAUGACAGCUGAAAACGAAACCAUUUCAGAAGAGAGCUUCACCGCUGGUGCAAAGAUAGAUAGCGAUGAGUACGGCCAAGGUGGUUGA